GUUUGGUUUGCUCGAGUCUGCCCCUUUUGGGACGGAACAGCUAAGAAGCCUCGCGCAGAAUAUCUUUCACAAUGGCGAGAACACAUGAGCGACGAGGAGAAGUCUGCCUUCAGGCAGAAAGUUUUCAGCCUACAGUACCCAGAGUUGCCCCCAGCAAAUGAGGGCAAAGAUGCCGGGUGUGCUGAGCAGAAAGUGGAGGCCGUGCCUGCUCCCAGUGUUGGCGGUGAGCCGCUUCUUGACAUUGAUGAGGGAUACAAUGUAAAGUCCCUUCUCCGGGAAUUCCGGAAGAUCUCUGAAUCUCAUUCUUCUCGCUUGGCGCAUCCGCAGCAAAGAUGUGAACUCUACGGGAAAUUUGUAAUGCUCUUUCGAAAGGGCCAAGUUGAGAAGAGCGAAGUGAGCAGCGAUUUUUUGAAGCCUUUGCGCAUGUCUCGCAACAAACUUCAGGAAGUACUGCGCAUGGUGCAGGACAAGGGCGUGCCCCUUGAGUGCCCUGCAGCUUUUCGCAGUGGACGCGCUCCAAAUCUGCAGCUCACUGACCGGGAGCGGGAAGAUUUCCUCAACUACAUUGACUACUCUGCUAGCUGUGGGCGGGCGCUCUCUGUGCAAGAGUGCUUGCGGGCGCUGGUGUUUCUGAAGCUCGAGAAAGAUGGUCUCCUCAAGGAUGAUGAUUGCACCACUGAAUCAGCAUUAGCCAGGUCAAAGGCAUCAAAGCUCGCAGCACGAUUGAGCAUGUUGCGUGCUCCUCCUGUCGUUGCAAGAGCUCUGGACAAUCUUCAAGAGCUGCUGCUUUCAACUUCGAUCAUGCCCAAGACUGACAAGAAGAUCAUUCCCUCUGAGGCUCGCCGAGUCUGCUGCAGUGAUGAGAAAGGCUUUUCAAGCCGCGCAGACAGCGCCUUCAAAGCAGUUGCAGGUCGAGGCUCUCAUCCAACUGGCGCAGCCCCGGACAUCAGUUGGGAUCAUGUGACCCUCUUGACCUUUCUGCCAUUGUGUGGAGAGCCGUGCAUUGGAGUGAUUAUCCCGACGAAGCGCGCCCAUCCAGAUUUCCAGACCGCCUUCCCCAACAGCAAGAUCUGGGCAAACCCAAGCGGCAGCACAACCCAUGAAAGCUUCUGCUGGAUGCUGCAAGAGUAUGGCAAGCACGCGCGAGAAGUGCAGAAGAUCCCCGUUGCAUUGAGCGAACAAUACUCUGCUGCCGGUUACAAGAGAUGCGGGUUGGCAAGCGGAUCGCGCAUCGACAGGGACAUGCUGUUCGUUGAGCGGGCAGAUGAGCUUUUCAGCGCAGCUACUGCAAAGGAUCCUGCGCAUGCUACUCCUGCUUUGCAAGUGAUGCAACAGGUCUCUCCAGGCAAAUCCAAAUGCCAGAAAAGUGGCUGUGGACAGUUUGUGCAAUCCAAUUGGCAGUUAUGCCCUCAUUGUCGAACUCCCAAUGACAAGUUCAAACAGGAGGACUUCAACAUCCACAAGAAGGGCUACCGAAGUGGGUGGCGCCAGAACCCGCAGCUGCAACUACCUCCAGAUGAGUCUUUGACGCCAAAGCAGCAUGCUAUGCUGAAUCAGGUUGAUGACCUCUACAAGGAAAUGAAUAGACGGGCAGAGAAGAAGGAUUCGGACAAGGCAACUGACACUGGUGAAGCUGCUCCUGUUCCUGGCAAAGCCUGUCCUGUGAAAGCGUCUUCUGCGGAGGCUCCGCUUCCUGAGGCAUCGAAGAGCGAUGAUGAAAAAGAGUAUGAUUUGAAUGACCCAGAGCAAUGCAUUGAAUGGAUGGUCAGA